AUAGGAAACACUCCCAGAGAUGGCCCAGUAUUUCUCUGUUUGCCCCACUCAUGCCCUCAUUUUCAUAACUCUUACAGAGCGUGUCACCAGCUUCAGUGCAGCAGAAGCAGCUUAUCAUCAUCAUACAUAUCUGCAGAUCUUUACAGAGUGCAUCAUUGUCCAUCGUCGCACCAUCAGGGCUAGAACCCCAAGUACCCUGGAGCAACAGUAUAAGGACUUUCCUUCUCAUGCGCGGGAAUCAAGAGCAAGAACGCUGAGCUGCUCUCACACUCACUCGUCUGUUUUAUAGAGACUGUGGUACAGAGGCUGUCAGAAGGGAGCAGAAGUGUUGACUCUGAGGAACCAUGGGGGACUGGAGUCUCCUUGGUAACUUCCUGGAAGAGGUGCAGGAGCACUCCACCUCUGUCGGGAAAGUGUGGCUCACCAUCCUUUUUAUUUUCCGUAUCCUGGUCCUGGGUACAGCAGCCGAGUCUUCUUGGGGUGAUGAGCAGUCUGACUUCAUGUGUGACACCCAGCAGCCCGGUUGCACAAACGUCUGUUAUGAUCGUGCCUUCCCCAUUGCCCACAUCCGUUAUUGGGUGCUCCAGAUCGUCUUUGUCUCCACACCUUCACUUAUCUAUGUUGGCCAUGCCAUGCAUAUUGUACGUAGGGAAGAGAAACGCCGGCGGCAAGAGCAAGAGGAGCGUGAGGCAGUUGAUGGAGGAGCGGAACCAGGAAGUGGUGAAAAGGAGUACCUGGAGCACAAGGAUAGGCCUUCUGAAGCACCAAACAAGAUUCAUCUGAAAGGUGCUCUGCUGCAGACUUAUGUAUUGAGCAUCCUGAUUCGAUCGGUCAUGGAAGUGACCUUCAUUGUGGUCCAAUAUAUGAUAUAUGGUAUCUUUUUGGAGUCGUUGUACCACUGUAACACUUUACCAUGUCCUAACACAGUCAACUGCUACAUGUCUCGUCCUACGGAGAAGAACGUAUUCAUUGUGUUCAUGCUGGUCGUGGCAGCCGUCUCUCUAUUCCUCAGCGUUUUGGAGCUUUAUUACCUUGGCUGGAAGCAGUGCAAUAGCUGCUUCCGUAAAUAUGUUGAAAGACGUGCCAAUAACAGCAACAUAGAAACCAACAGCAAAAGCAGCAAAGCUGUUAAUGCAACUAUGACACCCAACUUUCCAAGCAGCUCCCAGUCACAUCUUGCCAAGAACUGCACUCCACCUCCAGAUUUUGAUCAGUGCUUAGCAUCAGGAAGAGGAUCACCAUCACCUGGAAAUGUACAUCACCAUGUUCAUUCCAUCCAUUCUGGCUACCAACCAUUCACCAACCGCUUGGCCCACCAGCAGAACUCAGCCAACCUGGCCACUGAGCAGCACUGCCAGCGCAGUCAUGAUGACCUGGUGGCAGGGGAGGAUUUCUUAAGAAUGAACUAUGACCAUCGGCCUACCAUUGUAUCUUGCGGAAACAGGCCUGCUGAAGUGCUACCCAGUGCUCCUUCCACACCAAUGUCCAAUAGUAGCUUUUUCAGAGACAAACGUAGCUUUAGUAAGACCAGUGGUUCCAGUAGCAGCAAAACGCGGCCUGACCUAGCAGUGUGAUUGGGGUGUAAUCAUAUUUGAGAUUAUGGAUUAAGUAUAUGGACAUCUGAUUAUCAUACCCAUAUGUAGACUGUUUUCAUAUUAUUGCCAUUCAUGUGGAAGCACACGUUCAUUUAGAAUGCCUUUAUAUACUGUACUAUAACAUUAUGAAGACAAAUCACCACAUGAGUGAAGGUUAUUUUAACGAUAUUGAGAGAAACUACAUCUGGAACCAACAAGCACAUACAGGUGUGACUAUCAGGUGUCCAUGUAACAAUUUUGACCAUGUCGUUUAAUGUCAUGUGUAUAUUCUAAAAAAGUCUGGGCAAAAAUAAACCAACUUGAGACCGAAUGCAAUAUGGACUAACAAACAAGUGCUACAGAAGAUAUGAUUUAAUUCAUCCUGGUGGGAAAUUGGGGUAAAAUAACUACAUUGCCGGUCUAUAAAUACCAAAUUAUGAACAUUGAAACCAGAAUUCUGGAACAUUUUAAGACUUUACAGUUUGAGUAAACUGUUAUUUCAACUGAAUUUAAUUCUCAAAUGAAUAACAUUAUCUCAUCCAUGAAAAUUUAGAAAUCGUGAGUGGUGGACAUCUGUGAACAAACACUUACAUUUCUUUCAGCUGCAACUGAUUUUUUUUUUUUUUUACUUCAAUCCUUUUCUGGUUGCUGCUCUCAACGAGCGCACUUUAAAAUUCUAUCAAACGAAUCUUCAGGCACUUCGCUCUUCAUCAUCAAUCUACUAGACCUUGAUUGCUUAUCAUCAACCAAUUCUCAUCCCAGCCGCCAGACACCAAAAAAUUGGAAAAAAUAACCAAGUAUUUUUAGAUUUUUUUUGUAUGUGUUGAAAUUCUUUGUUAUUAGUAUUAGCAAAGAAAUGAGUUAUGAUUUUUAGACUUUAGGGUUUUUUUUGUUUGUUUUUUUUACACAGGGGUCCCUUAAAAGGCCAUUUGAUGUAGACAAUAAUAAGAAAGAUAGAGAUCAGGAAAAAGAGAGAAUCUGUAUCAGAGCACUUUAUUUGGUUUCACUGAAACUUCUGUAUAGUAUUAGAAGUGGGAAUACUGUAUGACAGAGUAAUUUAAGUUGUACUGAGAUUGUAUGGGAAAGUAAAAUAAACGAGGAAUGGAUUGGUAAUUUGCAUGUGUGAAAUAACACUGAGACCAUUCAUGAAAUUAUUUCAAAAUACAAAAUAUAAUUUUUUUUCGCAGAAUACAUCACUGUCUGUGAAAAAUGUUAACCCGAGAGAAUAACCGCUUCAUCGUUCUGAACACAUUAAAAAAAAACAUUACCGAAACAUCACUGCUUAAUAUUGCACAUAAGUCAAGCAAUGUGAGAGUUUAUAAGCCAAAAUAACACUUCAACCAGGUCAAGACUGUGAAAAAGGACCUCAAUCCCUUGUGUACGAGUGUCAAACACUUAUUUAGAAGAAUUGAGUGUUGUGUUACUGUGAAUGCCAAAGAGAACUCAUCAU